UGGAAUUUUAUGCAAAUUAUCACUAUCAUUUUAGAAUCUCUUGCAGAAGACAAAAGUCCAAUCUUGUAUUUGAUUAUUUGUAAAACAUAUUAUAGUUCUUUCAGUCUUUGUCUAUAUUCUUGAAUCAAGUUAUUAAGUUACAGCUUAAAGAUGAUACAUAAAUUAAUUGGAUUUUACUAUCUAAAAAAAAUUAAUUAGUUUGGAGUUACUCUACCAGUGUCAGUGGUGUCCUCUAUAUUUUUACAGUGUGUUUUUCAAUCAUUAAAAAAACCUAACAGUACGGUGACAGUACUAAUCUCUCUUCUCACAAGUGGAGAUGCAGAUGAGGACAUCCAUCUUUCUACUGACACACUGCAUAUCUCUGGUGCUGAGUGAAUUUCAAGGUCUUGAUCAAAAAGCUGUGCAUACAUUUAUAUGCCCAGAAGAACAUCAGUCGCUUACGGAUAAUGUGCUGAAUUUUCACAAGAGGGAUCAGAGAGCAGCAAAGCCUGAUGACCUAAAGACAACAAUAACAGAAACAGCAAAGUCUUCGCUGCAAACUAAUACCACCUACAAGGUUGUCUGCUACUAUUUCAGCUCCGCUCAGUAUAGAGCGGGGAUUGGCCAGUUUACACCAAGUGACAUAGAUCCUCAACUAUGUACACAUGUUGUCUAUGGCCAUGCCUUCCUGGAUCCUGACCUUCUCAUUAUCAAACCUAGUGACAAGUGGACUGAUAUCGACAAUGGACUAUACACCAAAGUUACCGACCUCAAAAAAAGGGGAUUAAAGGUAUCUAUCGCCAUUGGAGGAUGGAUGGAUUCUGCUGGGGACAAGUACAGCAGACUGGUUCACUCUCCCACCAGCCGACGCAGAUUCAUUGAACAUCUCCUGCACUUCAUUUAUCAACACAACUUUGAUGGGCUGGAACUGGACUGGGAGUUUCCCAAGUGUUGGCAGUUGGAGUGUGAUAGUGGGCCAGACUCUGACCAGGAUACUUUUGCAACUCUAGUCAAAGAACUGCACAGGGCUUUUAAACCUCUCGGAUUACUGUUGUCAGCAACUGUACCCUCUGCCAAGAAUCCCAUUGAUGUUGGGUACAAUGUCCCCGUAAUGUCAGAAAACUUGGAUUGGGUGACAGUGAGGACAUUGGAUUACCAUGGCCCUUGGGAAAAGAAGACAGGACAUAGCUCUCCUCUGUAUGCUAAACCAGAUGAUGAUGGUUAUAAGUUCAGUGUGAACUUUACGAUUCGAUAUUUGAUAUCUCAAGGAGCAGAUAGCCGCAAACUUAUUUUGGCCAUUCCCAUGUAUGGCAAUACCUUCACCUUAAACUCUAGUGAUGACAACGGCCUGAACGCCCACAGCAAGGGCCCAGGAGAGAGAGGCGAGCACAGCAACAGCCCAGGGAUCCUCUCUUACUAUGAGAUUUGUGAUCGAAUACAAAAUAAGGGAUGGGUGGUGGUGAGAGACCUUGAAGACAUAGGGUCUUAUGCUCAAAAAGGAGAUCAGUGGGUGGCGUUUGAUGAGCCAGUGAUGGUCCAACGUAAGGCCAAGUACGUGACACACAACAACCUUGGGGGCGUCAUGAUCUUCUCCCUCGACUACGACGACUUCAGAAACCAUUGCAGAGGAGGAAAGUACCCCCUACUUCAAGCCAUCAACACAGUUCUGCGUCCGUCAUCGGAUCCUGAUCGUGAUGUCCCUUCUUCUACAGAACAUUCAGAGAAGGACCAAACCACCAAACAUGAGACGGUUGGUUCAACCCCACCAUCGCAGAGUAAGGUAGUCUGCUACUUCACCAACUGGUCGUGGUAUCGUGAGGGUCUGGGCAAGUAUACUCCACUCAACAUUGAUAGCAGCCUCUGCACUCACAUUGUAUAUGCCUUUGCAUCGUUGGACCCACAGUCCCUCACUGUACGCUCCAAAGAUCAAUGGGCAGAUGUGGAUAAUGACUUUUACCGACAAGUAACUAAGUUAAACAAGAGUGGUUUGAAAGUGCUCUUAGCAUUAGGGGGCUGGGAAGACUCUCAAGAUGACAAAUAUAGCCGACUGGUCAAUAGUCCAGCUGCAAGAAAACGUUUUGUUUCUCAUCUUUUGGAAUUUUUACAAAGAUAUAACUUUGAUGGAGUGAGCCUUCAUUGGGAGUAUCCUACUUGCUGGCAUUAUGACUGCACUACUGGACCAGCCACUGAUAAGGAGGGUUUUGCUGCUCUAGUAACACAGUUGAGCCAAGAGUUGAAGCCUCGGGGAAUGUUGAUAUCUUCGAUUGUAGCUACUAGCAAACUUGUUGUAGAAAAAGCGUACGAUCUAGAGAGUUUGGCUGAACACCUAGACUGGGUAGAGCUGAAGACCCUAGACUACCAUGGUUCUUGGGAAAAAAGAACAGGACAUGUUUCACCUCUAUACUAUGCUGCAGGCGAUAACUCUCCCAUUACGAACGUUAACUUUUCAGUGCAAUACUGGCUGACUACAGGGUUCCCAAAGGAGAAACUGAUACUAGGGCUGCCUACCUAUGGGAAUUCAUUUACACUUGAGAGUGCCUCGAAGGUGAAUUUGGGAGUGUCUACAACGGGGCCUGGCAAUGCUGGACCUAAUACAGGAUCACCAGGGACCCUUGCAUACUAUGAGAUAUGUGAAAUGGUGCGUACUGAGGGUUGGAAGGUAGAGAAGCCAUCUUAUGGUACUGUGGCUUACCACAACACCCAAUGGAUCAGUUAUGAUGACGUCUCUGACAUUGAUAGAAAGACACAGUUCAUCAAAAACCUAGGCCUUGGAGGAACUAUGGUCUGGACAUUAGAUUAUGACGACUUCAACAACAACUGUGGUUGUGGCAACUACCCUCUCCUCAGGGCUGUCAACAGAGGUCUCCGAGGCUUCAGCACAUUCAACAACUGUACUCUGCCAUCAUAACAGAGUAUUCAAGACCAAGUUAUUAGAACACUUAGCAAAAAAAUUUGUACAUUGUUAAAAAUAAACAAUAUCAGCAAACUGA